AUGUCUUUCUAUCCCUCCGACCCCGACGCUCCUAGCGUGCUGUACGCCCGCGAUCUUCUGUCCUUCAGAAGCUGUGUGUCAUGCUCCUCCUCGGCACCCGCCUGCCCGACUUGCGACACCGGCUACACAUGUACCAUGACCAGUCAAUCGUGUACCUCGUGCGCGACCACGCAAUGUGUCAAGUCCCCCACAUCAGGUGAAGACUCGGGCUCGAAUGGCAACUCGGGCGGAGGCACGAACACGGGUGCGAUUGCGGGAGGCGUCGUUGGUGGUGUUGCGUUCGUUGCCAUUGCGACAUUCCUGGUGUGGUGGUUCUUUAUCCGCAAGAAGCGCCAGGAACAGCAGCAGGCAGCCAGCGCCAGCGCCAGCGCCAGUGAGGGGGAGAAAGCCAGCACAGUGAACAGUGGCCAGCAGUCGAGAAAGUCCACCCACUCUAUCGCUUCCACCGUCCUGACGCGCGCCUCGAAUGUGAUCCAGAUCGCCUAUAUCCCUGGCGUUACCAACCGCUCGCCUCCGGAAACACCAGGCCACCUCGUGCCGCCCGUGCCUCCGCUGCCCGGUGCGCACCCCGACCAGCAUUUCUUCAUGCCCGGCGACCUGCGCGACUCAACGUGGUCGGAUGCGUCCAACGACCGUGGCAGUGUCGCGCCUAGCCUGCGCAGCAGUGUGGCGACCACCAUCUACCGAAACAAUGCCAUCGUCAGCCCGAUGCCAGCUCAACAGGUGAUGCGCACGAAGGCGGCAAUGGUCAACAUCAACGGGGCGGAGAAUGCCCCCGCCGUUCCCGCCAUCACACAGGCGCAGCUCAACAAGGCGGGCGUUACCACCGCCAACAGCAACAGUUCCAUUGUUGCUCGGACCGUGACUGCGAAGCCCGUGAUGGUGAGAGGACCGUCCAAAAAGAAGAACACCGCCAACGCAACCGCUUCUCCCGCCGUCCAGACUAUCCAGGAGCAACCAGAGACUACGAGUGCCGUCGUUUCACGAUCCGGCAGCCAAAAACAAGAAACCGACCCAUCUGCUUCCGGAUUUGACGCCACUUCGUCCGAUGAAGAAGACGCUGCACCCAAGGCCGAGCCCGCUCAGGCCAGCCAGACAGCAACGGCCAAGGAUGAGGCGCAAUCCCGACCCGCUACCGUGAUUGAAGACUCGCCUGCCGUCGACCAAAGUCCUUUCCAAGACCAACCUACCCCCGAGACCAAGCGCGCGUCGUCUCUUCUCGAGACGCCCGAAGGCACCCGGUCUAACCGAAGCAGCCGACACCUCCCACCACGAGUCGAGAGCCCGUUCUCCGAUGCGAACGAGGUGAAAUGA